CUCCACUUCGGGCGUCCUGGGGAAGCCAGCAUCUGGCCAGAGCUACCGGGCACGGGCAAAACAAGCACCGCCCGGGCUCCGAACUGCCCGGGACCUUCUGGAGCCCCCACCUCGGAGCCGGACGGAGAAGGCGGCUGCCGCUGGAGUGCCUGAUCAACUUUCUAGCAGGAGAACGAUCAUGGAGGUGGUGCCAGCUGAGGUGAAUAGCUUGCUUCCAGAGGAGAUAAUGGACACUGGUAUAACUUUAGUGGAUGAUGAUAGUAUUGAGGCUGUUAUUGUUUCAUCCCCAAUUCCCAUGGAGACAGAACUGGAAGAAAUUGUCAACAUAAAUUCUACUGGUGACUCUACAGCCACGCCCAUUUCCACGGAACCAAUCACAGUGUACAGUAACCACACUAACCAAGUUGCAGUGAAUACCACAAUUACUAAAGCAGAUUCUAAUACCACAGUGAAACCAGCUUUUCCAAGUGGCCUUCAAAAACUUGGUGCUCAGACUCCUGUGACUAUAUCUGCCAAUCAGAUUAUUUUAAACAAAGUAUCACAGACAUCUGAUCUUAAACUUGGCAAUCAGACCCUUAAACCAGAUGGACAGAAGUUAAUUUUAACAACUUUGGGCAAGUCUGGUUCACCAAUUGUUUUAGCACUACCCCAUAGCCAACUACCCCAGGCUCAGAAAGUUACAACUCAGGCCCAGUCAGGAGAUGCUAAGUUACCACCGCAGCAAAUUAAAGUAGUUACCAUUGGAGGGAGGCCAGAGGUGAAACCUGUCAUUGGUGUCUCAGCAUUGACCCCAGGAAAUCAACUGAUUAAUACUACAACUCAGCCCUCUGUGUUACAGACCCAACAGUUAAAAACAGUACAGAUUGCUAAGAAGCCUCGAACACCAACCUCUGGUCCAGUAAUCACGAAGCUGAUCUUUGCAAAACCAAUUAAUAGUAAAGCAGUUACAGGACAGACAACUCAAGUAUCACCACCAGUCAUUGCAGGUAGGGUUCUUUCACAGUCUACUCCUGGGACUCCAUCAAAGACCAUAACAAUAUCUGAAAGUGGUGUUAUUGGAUCAACUUUAAAUUCUACAACACAGACACCAAAUAAAAUAGCCAUCUCACCUUUGAAAUCGCCAAAUAAGGCAGUGAAAUCAGCUGUGCAGACCAUCACUGUUGGAGGUGUGAGCACAUCACAGUUUAAGACAAUUAUUCCUCUGGCAACUGCUCCAAAUGUCCAGCAGAUCCAAGUGCCUGGAAGCAAGUUUCAUUAUGUCCGACUUGUUACUGCCACAACAGCCAGUAGCUCAACCCAGCCAGUUAGUCAGAAUCCCAGUACAAACACUCAGCCUCUUCAGCAAGCAAAGCCCGUGGUUAGCACCACUCCAGUGCGGAUGUCAGUUCCACUUACACAGACUGUCAAACAAGUUGUUCCAAAACCAAUUAAUCCAACUUCACAAAUCGUUACUACUAGCCAGCCACAGCAACGGCUCAUCAUGCCUGCCACCCCACUGCCACAGAUCCAGCCAAACCUCACUAACCUGCCGCCAGGCACGGUGCUGGCACCGGCUCCAGGGACGGGGAAUGUGGGUUAUGCAGUGCUUCCAGCUCAGUAUGUCACUCAGCUACAGCAGUCUUCAUAUGUGUCUAUAGCAAGCAACUCUAACUUUACUGGUACAUCAGGUGUCCAGACCCAGGCAAGGCUUCCAUUCAAUGGUAUAAUCCCAUCAGAGUCUGCAAGUCGGCCCAGAAAGCCCUGUAAUUGUACAAAAUCGCUGUGUUUGAAAUUAUAUUGUGAUUGCUUUGCAAACGGUGAAUUUUGCAACAACUGCAAUUGUACUAAUUGUUAUAAUAAUUUGGAACAUGAAAAUGAAAGACAAAAAGCAAUAAAGGCAUGCCUUGACAGAAAUCCAGAAGCUUUUAAGCCUAAAAUAGGAAAAGGAAAGGAGGGAGAAUCAGAUCGACGUCACAGCAAAGGAUGUAAUUGCAAACGCUCAGGAUGUCUUAAAAACUACUGUGAAUGCUAUGAGGCAAAAAUAAUGUGUUCCUCAAUAUGCAAAUGUAUUGGCUGUAAGAAUUUUGAAGAAAGCCCAGAAAGGAAGACAUUGAUGCACUUGGCAGAUGCAGCUGAAGUAAGGGUACAGCAACAAACAGCGGCGAAGACUAAGUUAUCCUCUCAAAUUUCAGACUUGCUUACGAGGCCAACACCAGCUUUGAGUAGCGGAGGAGGAAAAUUGCCAUUUACAUUUGUUACUAAGGAAGUAGCUGAAGCCACGUGCAAUUGCCUUCUUGCCCAGGCUGAGCAGGCAGACAAGAAGGGAAAAUCAAAGGCAGCAGCUGAACGGAUGAUACUUGAAGAAUUCGGACGAUGUUUGAUGAGCGUUAUCAACUCUGCAGGAAAAGCAAAAAGUGACCCUUGUGCUAUGAAUUGCUAACUCUUGUGCAAAAGACUGAUGAAUGGAACUAUACAGAAAAUUGAAGGUGCAGGGACACUGGAUUUUCUGGAAGAUAGUUUAACAAUUAUUGUAUUGUUAAUUCAGUCCUUGUGAGACCUGAAAUUAUAAUAUUGAGAAGAAAUUUUAAAUGAGGAAAUUAGUACAUUUUAAAUCUUAGUUAAAUCUGCUUAUGCCCCUUUCUAAAUUGAAUUUUUCUUUAUUGUAUUAUAUAGAUUUUUAAUUUGCUUGUGUUUCUUAAGAAUUAGAUGUUCUAGCCUCUGACUCUAUUGACAAAGAACAUUUAUAAAUUACUAUAAUUUAUAAUGUAUGGCGUUGUAUGACUUUGUUCAGUAGAAAAAGCCAAAGCAGCAUUGGUAUUUCCCAGUCAUUCUCUGGUACUAGACUAGACUAUAAGCAGAUAGAACGUCUACAUAAACAAGUUCUUAUGAAACAUAUUUCAAUGAUGUUUAAAAAAGUACUAUAUUUUUAAAGAAAAAUCAACUUUUUAGGGUGGAUUCUGGAAUGAUAUCCUAUUGUCACUUUGGGAAUGUAAGACGGGGAAGUAAUCCAUAGGCACACUUUUAAAAUAAAAAAGUUAUUUUGUGUGUGUUUUUUUUAAGACAUUAAGGGAUAAUAGAUUAAUUCUCAAAGGAUGGGCAAUGUGUUUUUAUAAUAAGUGACUAAGAAAUGCUCUGGGAUGUUUUUUUCAUUUUCUUUCAAGGAAGUGGUAGGUAUUUGAAAUAAAUUAUCAAGGUGAUUACUGGGUACCAUUAAAAUGAAAGGCUCCUAUAAAUAGAAGCUAAACAUAUUAGGUAGUGGUAAAAUAGAACCUUAUAUAAUUAUCAGGUAUAAAAGUUGAAUUAGAUGGAGAAAUAAAGAAUAUUGAAGUUCUAAGAGAUGAAUGUAGGGAAGGAUUUUUCAUCUGUAUAAGCAGUUCUCUUUAUAGACUUUUGAACUAAGAGGUUUCAAACCAGUAUGAGAGUUAAUUUACUGAAAUGGGCCUCCUAACAAAGCUUUCAAAAUUGUAGUGGGUAUUUUUUUAUAAGGGAAGCUUAAUAUGGCAUUAUUUUUAGCCAGUGAUUUGGUACACUGAAGGUAUGAGUGUUUUCAUAUAAUUACUAAAAUAACCUAAAUCACUUUCAGAAUUCAACAGCUUUAUGAAUUUAAGAGCCUGUUAUAAUAGGACUCUGAUUUUAUGACAAGAAAAAACCAUGUUGGAAUUCAGGCAUUUGUUAGGUACCUUAAUCCUCAAUAAUUAUUAGUAUGUGAUUACAUUUCCUACAAGAAAUCUAUAGUUGUAUAUAUUAAUUGUGUAUAUAUGUUCAUAUGAACACACAAGAUAUAGGCAAUAGAAAUUAAGUAAUCCAAAAGAGUCCGUUAUUCAUUGAAGUAUCUAUUUAAAUUUGGAUUUAUAAAAUUAUAGUGCAGUAAACUUUAAAUGUAGAUAAUGCAAACAUUCUUAGCACCUCUGUCUAGUAUGUUUAAUUAAAAUUUGUAUAAAUGUAAAUUAGUGUAAGGAUAAAAUAUCUAAUCGAGUUAUUUUUCAAAAGAUUACAAUACCUUUUUGGUCUAAACCUAAACUUUGUUCAUUUUUGUACAUAUUCUGUGUUCAAUUCUAAUUGCACCUUUGUGAUGUGUAUUUAUAUACAGUGUGCAGAAAAUGUUUGUGAAAUUUGGAUUACAAUUAUAGAUUAUGUAUGAUGA